AUGCCGCGCUUACAAAAGAAGCUGUACAGACUUCUGUAUGAAAAUAGAAAAUAUCAAAGCAAGAUGUGCACCAAGAGUCUGGAUCCUGUUACAAAGACCUCGCAGUACAAAAAAGACCUAAAGGAGGACGACCAGGUCAUCACCUGGAACACAGAGGUACGGCUACUGGGCUGGUUACAGGACGACGACGAGACCUCGCACUGAAGGAUGCCAAACAGAAACACUCCCCAAGCACACAAGUCCAACACCUGAUCCAACACCAGAUCCAGCAGAUCUGGGACAAGAUCUAACACCAGAUCCACCAGAUGCAGCACCAGGUCCGACACCCAAUCCAUUUGCAGCACCAUCAUAUCAAACACCAGAUAAAACUUUAGAUCAUCUCACAGAUCGAUUUUCAGAUCCAUUGGAUCCCACACCAGAUCUAUUAGAUCCAACACCAGAUCCAUCGGUUCCAGCACCAGAUCCGACACUGAAUCCAACAGACCCAACACCAGAUAUUACACCAGGUAAAACUCCAGAUGGUCUAAUAGAUCUAUCUGAUCCAUUAGAUCCCACAAUAGAUUUAACACCAGGUGCACCAGUUCCAUCAGUUCCAGCAUCAGAUCCAAUACUAGAUACAUUAGAUCUAAUACCAGAUCCAACACCAGGUCCAUUGGAUUCAAGAUGA